AUGCUCAGCAGACUCCGGCGGACCAGCAGCAAGCAACCAUCCGAGUCCAGCAGCAGCAGCAGCCCCAACACCAGCAGACAAGCCAGCCUGGCCGUGGCGCCCAGCAACCCAAGCCGCUCCGGAUCCACCACCACCACAACCACAACCUCACAGCAACAGCAAUCCGUCUCCUUCCUCUCCCUCCCAGCGGAGAUCCGCAAUGUAAUCUACUCGCACGUAGCAAGGCACACCCGCGUCCUCAUCCGGCCUACACCGCCCACACCAUCAAAAGGGAAAUUCAACACCGCCAAAGUACCUCCAACACAACCCGCAGCUCCAGGCCUAUUACUAGCCUCCAAACAAACCCGCGCAGAAUACCUGCCCAUCCUUCUCUCCACCGCCCCAACGAGCAUCACAAUCACAGACUUCGACUUCCGCAACCUCGUCCGCAUAACGCGCAGCCUCUACGCCACCGAACUCAAAGCCCUGCGCCUGAACCCGCGCCUCACGAUCAAAUGCCAAGCCGCCCAGCCCUCCAAAACCUCGCUCGUCAAUCUCCGCCGCUGGCUGGAGCAGCGGUGCAGGUGUUUGGAUCGCUUGCCGUGGAGGUUGUGA